AUGGAUUCCCUCCCAACUAAAAGUGAUGUCAUUGGUCAUAUUGGUGGUCAACCCACUAGUAAAGUGGUUGACGUACUUGGAACACAAGAAAAAAUUGUUGUGAUGGAUUCAAAAAUUAUCCAAAGUGGUAAUGUUGCCGAAAGUGAUGGUCAAUACUCCAAUUUGCCUCUUUAUAAUCUCAAAAGAAGUAGCAGACAAUCCAGAAUUGACAGUUCCGUCUUCGACAUCACCGUCAAAUGGCAAUUAGAUUUGGGCUUGAUGUUGCAAGUCGCAUGUCGAAUUACUUGGGAUUUCAGAAGAGGAAUUAAUGAGGACUCUGGUUGGGGUAACAAGCUAAUGUUGUUUCCUGAGGAUAAGAACAUGACUAUUCUAACAAUUGAAUCAAGCCCUUGGAACAGCAACGAUUUCGCAAUACCAUAUCCAACUUAUUUUCAUCCUUCAAGUGACAAUGAGGCUCAAUUCAAGUCUGUAUCUAUAGUGAUUAUGGCACCAUUUUUCUCCCUCACCACCCCAAUGGAAAUUGUGAUCGGUAUUGGAAUAUCAAGUGUUUACACUGAAAAUAGUUCAACCACUCUAAUUGUUGAAGGUUUAUUCAAUUCUGUUUCGGCUGGGAUCUUGAUUUACAUGGCACUUGUUGACCUACUAGCAGUAGAUUUUAUGAACCCAAGAAUGCAAAGCAAUGGAAAGCUUCUACUAGGGGCAAAUAUUUCACUUCUUUUAGGAAUAGGUUGUGUGUCUGUUUUGGCCAAAUGGGCUUGA